UUUUUUCAUUAACUAAACAAGGUGUCAAAGCGGCUCAUCGAGCGAUGACAACCAGAGAAAAAUAAUACGAGCGACUCUUCCCUGUAUAUGUUGCCGCUUAUGGUGGGAACAUUCUCUCUCCCCUUGUGAUCUACCCUCGCUCUCUUUCUCUGUCUCAUACGCCUGCACUUUCUCUCUUUCUCUAUUUUCAUGGAGCUCAUUCGCCAUCGAAUGCGCAGUCACCAUUUAUUUGUGGAAAAAUUGAGGCCGGCAACACUGAAACUUUAACAAUUUGUCGAUAUUACUGAAAUCUUUUUGAAGCUUUUACAUCAAUUCUCUCUCUCUUUCUCUCUCUUACUUUUUCAGUUGAAAGUAUUAUCCGCAAGCAUCAUCCGCUAGAAGUGAGUGCUGCUGUUACUGUUCAAAGCAGAGAAAAAGAAAAGAAAGCACAUAAGGAGGAGAGGCUGAUUAAAUCUUAAACCAGAAGUUACAUAGCACAGUCAAUGAUCCCGUUCAGCAUUUUCGGCAUAAAUAUAUAAAUGGAAGGAAGCAGCAUUAGUAAACCCCUUGCUACAGAGUCUUUUGAGUAUGAACUCUAUGGAGGAGAUGCUGAACACCUUAAAACCGUUGUGGCUACACCAAAUCAAAUUAGUCCAUGGAUUGAUCCUGGAGUUUUAAAGCUUAAGCAUAGGAUUGGGAGAGGUCCUUUUGGUUAUGUCUGGUUGGCAACUCUUCAUCAGUCUACUGAAGAUUAUGACGAGUACCAUGAAGUUGCUGUGAAGAUGUUGAAUCCUAUAAAAGAGGCUGACAUGCAGGCUUUUAUUCCCAAGUUUGAAGAUUUAUUUCUCAAGUACCAAGGAUUGCAAAAUGUUUGCUUGCUGAGGGGAAUUUCUAUAAAAAAUGGAAGGGUUUGCAUCGUUAUGAAGUUUUACGAGGGCUCUCUUGGAGACAAAAUGGCUUUCCGUGAAGAAAAUAAGCUUGCAUUAACUGAUGUUUUGAGGUAUGGAGUUGACUUGGCUCAAGGGAUAUUAGAACUGCACACAAAGGGGGUGUUGGUGCUUAAUCUUAAACCUUUUAACUUCCUUUUGAAUGAACUUGACCAAGCUAUUUUGGGUGAAUUUGGGAUUCCGAUGCUCCUCCUUGGAAUUUCAUUGUCAAGUUCCAAUGUGUCUUUGAGACUUGGUACACCAAACUAUAUGGCUCCAGAACAAUGGGAACCUGGUAUUAGAGGGCCAGUUACCCAUGAGACUGACUCAUGGGGAUUUGGUUGCAGCCUUGUCGAGAUGUUGACUGGCGUUGAGCCUUGGUGUGGGAAAUCAGCUGAUGAAAUAUAUCGUUUAGUUGUGAUCAAACAAGAAAAACCAGAAAUUCCAAGUGGUUUGCCUCCUGCUGUUGAAAAUGUAGUUCAUGGAUGCUUUGAGUAUGACUUGCGUAAUCGGCCUUUUAUUGCAAAUAUUCUGGAGGCUUUGAAAAGUCCGACUACUGUCUAUGGUGAUAGCAAGUGGAUCGCUCUCACAGACAAAAACUUUGACAAGCAAAGUGGCAGGAACCCCACCGAGUGGUUCCUUUCAAAGGACCAACUCCAAGAGGGUGACAUUGUGCGUUCCAGAAAGCCUUCCAACUCUUGUGGACAAGAAAAUAUGGAUAUCCCUGGAGGCAAAGUUGUGAGCCCUGAACGUGAUGGUUUUGUCCUAGUUAGGGUUCACAGCUUCCAUGACCCCUUGAGGGUUCACAUUCACACUCUCGAAAGAGUGACCUCGGGAUUUGCUUCAGGAGAUUGGGUUCGAUUGCGCAAUGAGGACAACAAGAAACAAUCUCCAAUAGGCAUUCUUCACUCGAUUGAUCGAGAGGGCAAUGUGCUUGUUGGGUUCAUAGGAAUGCAAACUCUAUGGAGAGGCCACUGCACUGAGCUUUUGAUGGCUGAGUCCUUUUGUGUUGGUCAGUUUGUCAGGAUUAAGGUGAGCUUGUUGGCUCCAAGGUUUGAGUGGCCUCGAAAGAGAGGUGGAGUUUGGGAAACAGGCAGGAUUUGCCAAAUUCUUCCUAAUGGUUGCCUUGUGGUGAGGUUCCCUGGUAGGCUUUAUUUUGGGGAGGUUAGUGACUCUCUUGCUGAUCCAUCGGAGGUCGAAAUGGUGAGUUUUAGCAAUUGUGUUGGGGUGGUUAAGAAAUAUCAGCACCUCGAAGACUAUCAUUGGGCUGUGAGGCCUUUGGUUAUUGCAUUGGGUUUAUUAACUGCAUUGAAAGUGGGGUUAUUUGUGGGGAAAAGUGUGCGGAGGUCGAGGAGGAAGAGGGGUGGCAUCAGAGGUGGUGCAUCUGGUCAGGUUGAUGUGAGAGAUGGAGAUGGUGGUGGCAACCCUGUGUGGCUUCCACCAAAUGUGGCUCACAUCCUUUUCUGUUCUGGUUGACUCUUGAAGGUAUUUGAAUAUCUCUCUCUCUCUCUCUCUCUCUGCACAGGGUACCUGCCUCUGCCUGUCUAUAAGUGCAGUUCAGCAGUGUGACUCUUAUGUAAUAGUCUUGGACUUGUGUUAUCUGGUCAGGAAUCUCAAUGGCCUAGUGUAAAUAUGCUUUGCAAAUUCUAACUUAUUACUGAAAGUUGAACUCUUUAACUUAUAGUUUGAACUAUUAUAUACUGUUAUAUAUGAAGUUUGACAGUUGGAUGCAACAAAGUUCAACAAAUAUAAUUUGGGUC